AUAGGAGUCGUGAAUCGUUCGCAAAAAGAUAUCGACGAUAGGAAAGACAUCAGGAAAGCCUUGUCCGACGAAAGCAAGUUCUUUACUGAGCACCCGGCGUACGGACCAGACAUGGCUCAUAAGUUAGGCAUCAAAUAUCUUCAGGAGUACUUACAGUCAGAGCUGUCAAACCACAUCUUCCGACGACUGCCCCAAUCGAAGCCCAAACUGGAGACCAAAUUGUUUGAAAUCAACGAAAGGUUGUCCGAAAUGGAUGUCCCGUUGACUGAAGAGACAAAAGAGAGACAUUUGGCCCAAACUAACGAGUCGUUUCGUCAGAGUUUCGACAGCGCAAUGGGAGGAAAGGUAUGUCGAGUGGACACCAAGAAGCUGAGUGGCGGCGCCCGCAUUAACGUACUCAUGAACGACACGUUCGCCAAAGAAGUGGAUCAGUUGUUUUACGACGAGACCCGCUUGGGCCGGGAGAUCGCCACAGCCAUUCUCAACGCUCCCGGCGCCCGGUUAGCACUUUUCAUACCUGAUGUUGCAUUCACCUCAUGUGUGGAAUCACAGAUCGAGCUAUUCCGUAUGCCAUCGCUAGCGUGUGUGGAUUGGGUGACCAAUGAAAUUAUCAAUUCAGUUAACGAAUCUAUCGAUAAAUUGAAAUGUUUUCCAAAUUUAAAGAAUAUAUACUCCAAACUAACCCUCGAUUCUGUUCGCGAGUCUAACAAAAAGUGUAAAAUCUUUGUCGAGCAUAUUGUGGCCACUGAAAAGUGCUAUAUAAAUACAAUCCACGAAGACUUCAAAAAAGUUACUGGAGAGUUGACAUCCAGUCUUAUAUCGGAUGUACAGCUGAAAGUCACGACACAAGCCAUUCAACAGAACUCAAAGUCCGAUAGAUUUUCAUACAAGAAGAAGGACUUCUGGUUUGUUCUAAAGGGCUCUACUCUGUCGUGGUUUACGGAUGAGACACACAAAGUCCAAAGGGGUUCAGUCGAUGUGAAGGGCUUUCAUUUGAAAUCGGAAACAGACUUUUCAUUGACUUUGGUUUUAUCAAAAAAGAAACUAUUAAGUUUGGGAUCAAAUAGUGAACACGAAUUUGUGUUCAAUUCAAAAGAUAUGACACUCAAGUGGAAGGACUGGUUUGAGGGGGUGGGGGUUAAGGUGGACAAUGGGGGUCCGGCGGCUGAUAACGAGUCUCUAUACAAAGACACAAAAUCGGAAUCCAAUCAAUCGUUGAGUCGUUACUCGCAAUCGAGUCAUAGUAUUAGUAGCCAUUCGUGCGAAGACAUGGCAUUCCCAGACCACAUGCCGGGACAGGUAGAUGUGGUCAAGAAGUAUAUCGAUAAAUACGUUGUCAUACUUAAGACUAUUUUCAGGGAUCGUUUGCCCAAAUUGUGUCAAUUAGAGCUCAUAGACUCGACCUCUAAGUUCAUCGCAACCGAACUCCACGUCCGCCUCAGACAUCAGUUUCCGACAAUCGAUGAUAUCUUAGGCGAAGAUCCCGAUAAAGACGAGAGAAUUGAUUUGCAGAACCGGAAGCAGCACUACAUCGAAGCCAUUGACAUAAUCGACAAGUUCUCCAAAAUGAAACUUUGA